AUACAUAACAACUAAUAAUAUUUUCUAAGUAUUUUUAAAUAAAUAAGAUUUUCUUAUUUUACUAAGACUGUAUUUUGUAUUGUUUUGAACAAUUUAGUGUAAAAGUUUAUUAUUUUAUAAAAAUGAGAGAUCCACGCCGUGAUCCACGUCGUAAUCCCCGAAGAGAAGAAUCCUCUCAAAGUAGUCGACCAGUACAACCUGUUCCCUUGUCUAUACCUCCACCCCCUCCUCCUCCACCCCCUCCUCCUCCACCUUCUAAUGCCCCUGGUAAUCAACAGAGGUUUCCUCUCCCCAUCACUCCCUUCCCUUCCACAUUUCCUCAGUCAAAUUUUCCUACUUCUCAAACUCCCCCUAUACUCCCUCCACAGUUCCCCAGUAAUUCUCCUUUCCCUUCUCAGACAUUCCAUGGUGUAUCACCUCCACAGUGGUCUACUCCACCUCAACAGACACAGCGUAUGAGCUGGUCCCAGCGGUCAGUUCCUCAGGAAGGAUUCAGUUACAAUCGCCUGGACACCGAGAUGUGUAUGCCUGCAACAUCUCAGGAAGUGAUGAGACCUUGUAAACCUCUACAAAUGUGGAGUCAACCGCAGUGUAACCAACAGAAGUAUACAUCUUCAGUGCAAUCCUCAAACAAGCCUGAUCCUCAGACCAUGGUUGAUAAUUGGCUUAAAAGAAGAAGAACUUCGAGUAAGCCUAUAAAUCCUGCAGCUAAGGACGUCCAGAUUUAUGUUGUAAAAGAUAAAUUAAACAAAGCAUUCAGACUGAUUAGAGAGUUAGAGAAUGGAGCUCGCACUCUGAAUGUGAUGGUGAAGACUGUAACGCCUCCAGAGUGGGAUCGGAAAUGUCAAGAGAUUGAAGAGAAAAAGAAAGAACUGAUGGAUGUCUUGAAAGAUUUGAAACUCAGUAAGGAAGAGAUCAAAACCCUGAAAGAAAAAUGUUCAAAGCGGUCAAAAAAACGGGCAAGGCUCAGACGUCAAGCAGAGCGCAGGAAAAAGCAAAAGGAAGAACAGGCAGUGAAGGAGCAGAACGUUAACAUCCAAAUUGAUAAUUGGCAACGAGAGAUGCAAGAAGAUGUAGAACGUGUACAGAGGGAAGAAGAUCUGCAGAAGCAAGCCGAUGCAGUGUUAUGGGGAGUGACACAGGAGAAGUCGGAGGCGAAACGACAGGUGGCACUAUUGUCUCGGCUGCUGGAGCUGAGACAGGUACGAGUCAAGCGGCUGACUGCGGCUGGCAGACCGGUGUCACAGUUGCAGAUAGAAACUUUCAAUACAGUCAUCGAGAGAUUGAGGAAGAUGUGGACCAAGCUCUUGGACAGGUGUCAAUUGGAAGAGCAGGCACUGAGGGGGAUGUUGAUUGAAGCGGAUAUUAAGUCCGAUCCUGUCAAGACGCACAAAAAGUUGGUCCUGCAGGAGUGGGAGACUGCACUAUUCGGAGGCAUUAAUACUUUGGACAGCACAUCUCAGGGGGACCAGCUUGUGGACAUCAGACGGGGUUGGGAUCAGUUCGCAGUCCAGUGUCCCACAGUCCUAUCGUCAACAGUUCCCCCUGGUUGGGUGCUGCCUGUUCCUCCAUCGUCGGACCAGUGGCGCUCACUUCUCAAGUACUGAACUUAAUAGUAGAUGCUUCAAUUAUUAUUUAUAUUCUGGUUUUUAAUUUUCACUGUAUUAAUCCUCUCGCUUAGUAAAACUUAACUAAGACAUUGUUAAGAAAUAGUAAUGUUGUGAAUAAAUAUACAGUAUUGGAUGGGUUU